ACUGUGCGUGAGUGUCACAUGUCACUAUAAACAAGCGGCUGUUUGACACCUCCGCUUCAACCCUCAGAGAGACGCUCCCAGGACAGCAGCUCUGUCUGCGGACUUUAGGCAGCGAUGGCGAGCGGUGACAGUCCGGACACUUUUCAAUCAUGGCUCAACAAGGCUACAGAUCCAAACAACCAGGAAGACAGAUGGGAUUGCAUUGAGGGUUUCUACAAGCAUGUCAUCCAAGAGACUGAUGGGCCACAGAUAGCUCUUCGUCUUAUUGCCCAUAAGAUUCAGUCCCCGCAGGAGAAGGAGGCUCUGCAGGCCCUCACUGUUCUUGAGGCAUGUAUGAACAACUGUGGGAAGAGGUUCCACAGCGAGGCUGCAAAGUUUCGCUUUCUAAAUGAGCUUAUUAAAGUCUUAACACCCAAGUAUUUUGGUGCGUGGACUCCACAAGAAGUUAAAGACAGAGUGACGGAGGUCCUCUACGGCUGGACUCUCUGGCUUAAAGAAGAACCAAAGAUUCAGGAAGCCUACAACAUGCUAAAAAAACAAGGUAUUGUACAGGCAGAUCCCAAACUUCCAGACACUCUCAUCAUGCCUCCUCCUCCACAAAGAACAACAGAGUCUGUUUUUGAUCAGGAGGAUAAAGCUAAACUCUUAGCAAGAUUGUUAAACAGUGGCCGCCCAGAAGACUUGGAAACUGCCAACAGGCUCAUUAAAAGCACCAUCAAGGAGGAGCAGGAAAAGGCAGAGAAAGCGGCAAGGCGGGAGGAAACUCUCAAGGAGGUCGAAAGCAGCACAAAGCAGCUCAGAGAACUGCUGGAGCAGCACACUGUUACUGGAGCGUCAUUACAGCCCAGCGAUGAUGUUAAGGAGCUCUAUGAGCGCUGUGACAGACUGAGGCCCAGUCUGUUUAGGUUGGCCAGCGACACAACGGAUGACGAUGCAGCUUUAGCACAAAUCCUGGCUGCAAAUGAUGAGCUGACGCUUGUGGUGAAGGCUUACAAAGAUCUAAUGGCAAGAGGAACAUGUAAUAAUGAAAGAUCAAGAAGUAAAAGUGAAGAAGUAACCAGCAAAAAUAUCUGUUCGACGAACCGCAGAGAGAUUAAGAGCUACCAUCUCAUUGAUCUAUCAGCCUUGGACUCUCCACAGAUCCAAAGGAAAGCUGAUUCACCGCCUUCCUUCGAAUCUUCCUCGCCCGUUUUUUCUUCUAAUUUGGAGAACGUGUUUUCCAUGGAGCCAGACUUUGAGUUUGAUGAUUUGCUCACCAAACAAAUCCAGCAGAAUUCAAAGUCAUAUUACGAGGAACUAAUGCAGAUUGAUAAAGGCUGCCAGAUGACUAACGGCAUCCAGAAUGGAAGGAGAGAAAUUUUACUCACAGCCCGUGGAUGUGGAGAAAACAGUAAUUUAUCAGAUGGAAGAAAUGUCUGGUCACAAUCGCCAACUAAGCAGGUCUCAGGAUCAGAUAAGCAACAAAAUAAAGACUCCUGGUCACCGCUAAUACUGCAGGACAGUGGCAAUCCCCCUCCUUCACUGAAGAAUAUCUUUGUUCCUUUGGAAACCAUCAGAUCAAGUCAACUGGAGCCAGUCACAUUAUACAACAAGGCUGGUAUCCAUGUGUCACUCCAUUUUGCCAGAGACGGUCCAUCUGGUCAUCCCGGUGUGGUGGUGGCCGUCAUGUCUGCGGUGAACACAUCUGCACUGGAUGUGAAGGAUUUCACCUUUCAAGUUGCCGUUCCCAAGAGCAUGCUGGUGAAACUUCAGCCUGCCUCCAGGAUGCAGCUUCCACCUUACAACCCUCUACUGCCUCCACCUGCCAUCUCACAAGUCAUGCUGUUAGCCAAUCCCGAAAGUCGUAAAGUGCGGCUACGCUACAAGCUUUCGCUGACGCAGGGCGACCAGCAGCUUAUCGAGACAGGAGAGAUCGACAGCUUCCCUGAUUGGGCGACUUUGACCUUGCAAAAAUGACUAUUAACGCAUAAUCAAGAAUCCAAUCAUCCUGAUCUAAAAUCUAAACACCGUAGGGAACGGAAAGAAAAACUACGUUUUUGAGAAAGGAACACAGCCAAGGAAAGAACGAUUACACUAUUUAGUACCACAACAUUAAAAUGUGAAAGUACCGUUGGAACCUUAUUUAAAUUGUGACUUCAAUAAAAGCUGUUACGGUCAAUCAGCUGCUUUCUCUUUACCUGAAUUUGAGGCUUUUGAUUUUUUGAUGGAUUGAUAUUGUUUUUUAAAACAAAUUAUCUUUAGUGUUACCUGGAAUGCUCUCCACAGACCAGCGGUGGACGGAACUGAAGUGGUAGACCGGUGUAAAACUUAUACACAUGGUAUUGGUGGUCUUAUACAUGAGUGCACCAAGCUCUGAUUGAACUGAAGAUCAUCAUUUGACCUCUCUGUAAAGAAGUUUGAAAUAAAAUUCUGUUUUUAGAUAA